UAUUUUGUGAACUAAUACGGGAGCACUUUGUCGCUGUUUGUUGAGAGAUUUUUGUCACAAUGUAUAUACAUUUCAACAGAUUUCAAGCACCCCGCGUCCACAUUAUCAACAUUCACUCGGCCAUUAAGAAAAAUGACACAGCAGCGUGAACAUUAUAACUUGUUAAUGUCUUACUUCAAAAAAUAAAAUAAUUUUUUUUUACAUCAUUUGAAAAAAGGCGUUUCCUGGCUGACCAGCGAUAUUUAGAGGAGCCCAUGAACCAUGUCGUCCAUCAAAUCACAAUCAACCACUUGUAAGGGGGAAACAGCAAUUUCAUCCAAAAUGAAGUCGAAGAAGAAAGGAGGCCUUGCAGAUCAGAACCUGCUUCACGCACUGCUCCCUGGGGCCAAGGUGAACAGAAAAGGCGGAAAAAUAUCUGUGAAUAUGGCCUUCUCCCGUGAACAAGUGGUCUUCAAUGUUGGGGGUACCAGGUUCGAAACCUAUCGUUCAACUUUACACAGCCAACCAAAUAGUCCCUUAGCAAACGACACAUUUCUUAAGCGCCAUUACAUUGAGGACCGGAAGGAGUAUUUCUUUGAUAGAGACCCGGAUGUGUUCAAGGCGAUUCUGAAUUACUUGAGGACUGGUGAGCUACACUUACCCUCGUUUAUUUGCGGCCCUUCAGCAAGGGAGGAGUUGAUGUUCUGGGGUGUGGGUGACGACAUUAUACAGAGAUGUUGCUGGUCCCACUACAAUAGCUGGAACUCUACUCUUGAGGCCCUGAUGCAGCUGGAAAGGGACCGGAAGGGGUCCAUGGACGAAGUGCAAAGUUCAAGGGUCAAACCAACGACCUUUUGGAGUAAAUUACAGAACCAAGUAUGGUUGAUUCUCAACAAGCCGAACUCUAGUCGGACCGCAAAGAUAUAUGGCUACAUAUCACUGAUGUUUGUUCUCGUAUCGAUCGGCAGUUUUGUGAUUGAAACGCAUCCUAUAUUUGAUAACAGAAUACGAAUACCAAAACCCGGAACCGGAAGUGCUAUACAAAACAUGACAUCAUCAAACUUUACAUCGUCGAAUGCGACGACAAAGAAUUCUUCCUCCAAUCACAAUCAAGUGGAAUAUAUAUCAGUGAAAGUUACACACCCUGUUUUCACGGCAAUAGAUAUAUCUUGCCUGAUAUUUUUUACCAUAGAAUACAUAACACGAUUCCUGUUUGCCAGGAGAAAAUUCAAAUUUAUGACGUCCAUGAUGGGCGUGGUCGAUAUUCUGGCCAUAGUCCCAGAUUACAUUCAAAUCCUUGUUUACGCCAUAAACCCAGAGCUGCGAUAUGACGCAGACAUAAAUUACAUCUCAGUUCUACGAGUCGCUAGGGUUCUGAGAAUUUUCAGAUUAAUUCGCCAUGUUCCCGGGCUAUGGAUUCUCAUAUACACCUUAAAAUCCAGCAUUAAGGAACUACUUUUAAUGAUCGUGUUCAUCAUAGUUGGGAUGUUAAUAUUUUCGUCCUUGAUUUAUUUCGUGGACGACCGGGAAACUUUCAAAAGCAUUCCGCACAGUUUUUGGUGGAGUUUGAUCACCAUGACAACGGUUGGCUAUGGAGACAUGUAUCCCGUGACGGAGCUGGGGUACAUUGUGGGGUCCUUUACAGCAUUAUCCGGGCUUUUAACCAUCGGCUUCUCAGUCCCAGUCCUGGUGAACAAUUUCAUUAUGUAUUACAAGCAUUUGGAAUUCGCGUUGAGUGACGAAGAGGCAAAAGAGAAAGAAGAACGUGAAGCGGAAGCGGAUGAAAAAGAAAAGAGUAUGUAUAAUAACAAUUCCUCAAACAACGAGGAACAAGUGAAGCUAUGCAAUGUGCACGAAGAAGAGACUUAAAUUUGCCUUUAGCUGCUAACAAAGGCAAAUAGUGACAGGUCUUGA